AUGCUGGUGGACCCCACCGCUCGAUACUUAAAGAUCGCGACACUCUGUUUCCCGUCAAUCAAAAAAGAAGAGGAGGCAGACGUAAUGAUGAUAGAAGGCGAAGAAGGAGGAAAGGAUGAUGACGAAGAGGAUUGGAGAUCGCAACUUCAUUCAUACUUGGAGAAGGGAGAAGUACCAAGAAACAAUUUGGAAGCACACAAUUUAAAAAGUCGUGCAACAAAUUACGAAUUAAGAGAAGGUGUACCCUACCGCGGAUCCUUCCUUGGGCCCUCUCUCAGAUGCUUGACACGAAAAGAAGGAACGGAAAUUCUAAAAGCAAUACACUAUGGAGACGCGGGAAACCAUAGCGGGGGAAGGUCAUUGGUGUACAAAAAAAAGAUGCAAGGAUAUUAUUGGCCUUACAUGCAUGAGGAUGCGAAAGAAGUAUCUAGGCGAUGUGAAGAAUGUCAAAGACAUGGAAACAGAAUACAUGCACCAAGAGCGAACUUAAAUUCGUCAACCAGUGUUUGGACAUUCGCAAGAUGGGGCUUAGACAUCAUAGGUCCAUUCAUACCAGGGUCAGGCUAA